AUGAAUCCUGAGUAUGACUACCUGUUCAAGUUGCUGCUGAUUGGUGACUCUGGUGUUGGAAAGUCAUGUUUACUUCUACGGUUUGCUGAUGACACUUAUACAGAGAGCUACAUCAGCACUAUUGGAGUAGAUUUUAAAAUCAGAACUAUCGAAAUGGAGGGGAAGACUGUUAAACUGCAGAUUUGGGAUACCGCAGGGCAAGAACGAUUUCGAACAAUAACAUCCAGCUAUUAUCGAGGGGCACAUGGCAUUAUAAUUGUAUAUGAUGUCACCGAGCAGGAGUCUUUCAACAAUGUGAAGCAAUGGUUAGAAGAAAUUGAUCGCUACGCAUGUGAAAAUGUCUCCAAGUUGCUAGUGGGUAAUAAGUGUGAUCUUGCCUCAAAAAAGGUGGUAGACUUUACCACAGCAAAGGAAUUUGCUGAGUCACUCAAAAUCCGAUUCCUGGAGACAAGUGCCAAGAACGCAAACAACGUAGAGAAGGCAUUUUUAACAAUGGCCUCUGAAAUCAAGAAGAGGAUCGGGACAGACAGCGUUAGGAGUGAAACUGUUAAAAUCGGUUCCAAAAUAAACAGUGCCCCAUUAUGGCCUGGUGGAGAGAAGUCAGUAGCUGAGGAGGUCAGCUCUUGUUGUUAGUGUUCGGUAGCUUUUAAAUUCAGGAUAAUAUCAAUCAUUAUUUUUGUUCAUCAUUUUAUGUGUUUUUCCUUUAACAACUUCUUCAUUCUAAAUGUAAAAAAGUAAUUGCCUCUUUGUUUCCAUGUUCUAAUAAGCUAACGAAGAUGGUUCAUGCCUUUGGAAAUGUUUCUGUAAAUCAUUUUCUGAUCAAGCAUACAUUAUUCUACAUUGAGUGCUCUUUCUCUAAAAAACAACAACACACAACCAUUCAAAAGUUAGAGGUUGUUAAAAAUUUUUU